AUGGACACGCUGCGCAGGAGCCUGUCUCGGUGGAAGAGGUACCACAUUAAGGUGCACCUGGCUGAUGAGGACCUGAUGAUGCCCCUGACAGUCAGGCCCAGGGACACGGUGAUGGACCUACGGGCUCUCUUGGUACGGGAGGGCAUCACUUCCUGGAAGAAGACAUUUUAUUACAACUCCAGGCAGCUCGAGGAGCACGAGACCCUCAAAGAAGCCAAUAUCCAGAAUGGUUCUGUCCUCCUCCUUGUCAGCAAUAAAAGAUAAUGCCAAAGAGCACAGCCAAAGCCAUGAGGGACGGGGAGUGUGACAAGGGCUGAAGGGAAGCAGAUGGAAGAGAGCUUGCCCAUGGAAAGGCAGCCUGGCCACCAGUGUUGGUAAGUCCCUCCCUGCACACCAGCUCAAGGACUGUUCAGAAAGCAGCUCCAAGCGUUUCCAGCGUGGUGCCCAUGAAUAAUUAACCCAAACAAAACAACAAACAGUGUUUCCUCAUCAGCAUGCCAUGUGGACCCAGCUGCCAACAGAGGAGUGUGGUGAGACUGACUCAGCUCCUGAGAGCAAUGAAUCAGUGAAAUGCCCAGGAAAGGGGAAUUCUGCCUGGGCAGAGGAGCAACAAGGAGCUGAGGAGGACUUUGCUUAGGGCCCUAGAUGGGGACAUGGGACAUCUGAGCCUCCUUCUGACUCCUUCUCAGGGUUCUGCACUGGUCCCUCACUUUCCCCUGCUCCAAUAACUUCUGAACCAGCUGACCUGAUUCAACCCAAUCUGAUGGAAAAAGAGAGGUCUCACAGACCCAGGAUUCCUGCAAUUUUCAUGAACAAACAGCAGCUGGAUAGAAGAGAGACAUUUAAGUUAAUAUCCUAUUGAAGGAAAGAGCAGGAAGAGCUGGUUUGGUUGCUGUCCUUCAAAUGAUGCAUCUCAUCACAUGGCAAAGAGUAGGAAAAAAACCACAAACCACCUAGAAAGAGCCACAGGACCAGCAGAAAAAGAGGUGUGGACAAGACCAAGGAGCAGCACUGGAAGCUGUGUGAAUUAUUCCUGAGUGUACUGCAAGAUGGAGAAGUUUGAAACUUCACCGUGCUGCCCUGUGGAUGGGACUGCUGCUUGUUGGGACUGCUUACCUUUGUGAUCCUGCUCCUGCUGGAGCAUCACAGACAGGGUUAUCCAAAGCACUGCUGUUUACCUCCUCCUCUGAGCUGCAGCCAGGCCUUUCCAGCAGCUCCUUCUCCUGAGCUUCAUGAGCAGAAGGCAAGCCCAGGCAGGUCAUCUCCAGCAGGAGCUGUGCUCUAGUCAGGCAGCUCAGGCUGGGGCAUGUUCCUUCUCCUGUACCUGAGACAUGCAUGCAUCAAAUGUUUCAGUUUACAGGGCCAUCACCCUGGCAGCUUUCCUCGCUAAAUUUACUUUUUAAAGUUCCAUCAGUGUUGUAUCCAGAGGGAAUGGAGGAACAGAUGCAGCUUGUGGAGUCUGGCUUUAAUUCACCCGCCUCAUUUAAUUUCCUGCCCUGCCUACUAAUCAAUGAGUCUGCACUAGCAGCCCUGGGAAUACCACGGGUUUUCCACAUCCAGGAGAAUUCAACACAGUGGCUGAACUCCCAGGGUCUCAAGCAGGCUGUCACUGUCCUUUGAGGCCACUUCAUGAUGGAUUUCCCUCCCCCAGAACCCUUGCAGACACUCUCCAGCCCACAGCAGCUGCUCCUCAUUUCCUUGCAGGGCACGGGGCAGCUCUGUCCCAUUGUCCCCACCCAGGCCUGUGUGACAUUCCCUCCUGGAAGUGCUCUCCUUCAAGGGUUUCAGCCCCAGGCUUUGCUUUUCAGGGCCACACACACACUUCUUGCUGGGGCUGUGCUGUGUCAGACACGCUGCUGGGGCCAUUUGGGCCUCGUCACCUCCCAGGGCUCCCAGUGGGACCAGCAGAGCCUGGCAGGGGCUCCUUUCUCCCCCACAGCCCCUGAGUGUGUCACUUCCUGUGCCAGCAGAGAGAAACACAACUUUCCCAGGCAUCCAUCUGGGAAAGGUCUGUGAGAAACUCAGAGAAAAGAAUGAGAAACAAUUCUUACCUUGCUACACCUAGUAUUGGAAACAUGCAAAAUGUGUUAUAAAGAUUUGUCCACCAAAAAGUACUUUCUUAAUUAACCAAUAGCAAUAGUGUUUUAAGUAAAAAACCAAUUAAGUCAACCUGUAGCGAGCUAGUCUAUAAAAGAACAACAGCUUUCUUAAUAAAAAUAUAUUAAUCAACCUUCUGUAAUACAUAAAGCCUAUAGCAAUGAUUACCUGGCCGCUGUGAUAACUUCCAGGUGUCCCUUCUCCAAGGACAGUGGCACCAUCUCAGCUCAGUGCUGCUGUCAGGCACUGCCUCAGGGCUGUCAGGAAGCACCAGUGAAAGGAUUUCUGGCACUUUUGCUUUGUUUAAGCAGACUUCCUCUGUCCUGGGGCUUUUUUUGGGCUCCUGUUAAUUGCAGGCAGUGCUGCUCUGUUGUUUAAUCAGCUGGUGUCAAAGGCUGCCUUUGCCUGGUGGUACCGAUUUUGUGACACCACAGCUUUGCCUCGCAUGUUAUAAUCUGUACCAGAUUGCUCUUUGCCUGCUAAAAUGGACAAUUAGGAUCCAGUUGUAAUGCAAAUCACACAGUGGAAUAAAAGCUGUGGGGAACAAAAUCCCCAAUACGUAGUUAUGUCAGCCUUUGUUAUGGUGUGAUGGCUUCUGCUCCUGCUCUGUGAAGGAUCAGGGGGAGAGAAUCUGUCGUGCCUUUGUGUUUUAUAGGCACCAGCUCGAUGUAAGGCUGCCUUUAGGCACUGGCAGCCCUGAGUGUGUGUGUGUGUGUGUGCAAACCUAACAGACAGAUUCCACCCACACUGGAAAUUUGAUGAUUGCCUUGUUUUUUCAAGGCUCUCUUUUAUAUCCUACAGGCCAUACCCAUGGGGUAAUUGCCAGUCUCUGCACAGGGGCUGGGAUGACGUGGUGAGAGAGAAGCACAGAGAUGCUGAAAUUUCAGUCUGCCACAUUAAUGUGCUCCUAAUCCUGAUGGCCUUGUAAUUGUGAUGCUGUCACUGGUGUCAUUGCAGUUGUUCUUGUCACUGUUUUCCCAUGUUUGGUGCUAAAUAUUGUAAAUGAAGAGAAAUAUUUAGAUUUGUAAAGGAAUCUAAAUUUACUGUGGAAUUAAACACACAGGAGCCUGAAAAGUCAAAUGGAAGAAGUAUGUUUUCAUUUCAAAUGCCAAGUCAUAGCCAUGUAAAGUGAUAUUUUGUUGAUACAGCUGCUUUUACUGCGGAUCUGCUUUGCAUUUCCCCGGGCCAUGGGUAACAAAGAAUGAAGCUGAACAGUUUUCUCAUCCUUGAGAACUGAGGUGGAAUAUCCAUGUUGGUAAAGUGUUAAGAGCUGGAGGUCAGUGUUGUAAGGGUUUACCUGAGCUUGUGCCCCACCUGUGAGACCCAAAGUGAGAACAAUGCCUGUCCAUAUCUCAUGGAGAUGCUGGCUUCCAGAGAGCAAGGAACAAGUGUGAGCCAGAUGGAUGAGCUGGGUUCACAGUCCUCCUAGAAGCUAUGGCAACAUAACUUGUAUAUCUACUCAGAAAAGCCUUUGCAACCACCAUAAAUGACUUGAAAUGGCCUUAUUUUCCUCCCAGCAGUGGAAUAAGCAGCUUCAAUGGGGAGGAGUAAAUCCACUUGAUUACACAUGUUGCUGGGAAUAACACUCUUAUUGGUUAUUACUAAUAACCCAAUCUAUUAGUGGUAGUGUGGCUGCUGACACUGGCAGUCUGAUCUGCCAGGGAAUAACUGCACUGCUCCUAAAAUUCCAAUUACAAUGGAACAAGGGGACUCAGAAGGGCCUCAAGGGAGGAAACUCAGUAGGAAGCAAAGUCAACAUGGAGCACUUGGGUUAUAAAGAACGUGUGUGACAAAUGAAAUCUAUCUUUGGAGGAGCAUUUCUGCCUGGCAAGGCUGAGCUCUUUCCAUCCUGAUGCUUUCCUCAGGCCAUCCAUGGUGUUUGUGAGUCAGGUCAUGAGGUGAUGGAGGUUUUAGCUUAUUGGCUGAUCUUCUGGAGGAACGAGGGGCUUCUAGAGCUUGGGUGUGCAAAGCAGCUCAAGCUUGGGGCUUCACUCCAGGAUUUAGAUGAAAUUUCUCCAUUGAAAUCAAUGGCAAAGUACCUGAUCACCACAGCAGGAGUGUUCUCACACAGCAACACCCUGGGAAAUUCUCUCUUGGAACAGAUCAGCUUCUGCUCUUAUUUAUGCAAUUAUAAAUUCAGUGUAGCUCCAUUUGAAACAACUGUUUUCAUCUGAUGCAAAUAAGAUCAAGAUCUGGCCCAGGCUGCUUUUGUACACAAUGGAAACUGACUGAAUUAUGGAAAACAGGAAACAAAUCUAAUGUAAAUCUGAAUGGAAAUAUCAUGCUCUCUGUUACAUCAGAAUAAAUUGGAAGGAAGUCUGUUGA